AUGGUUGGUAGGCCAUUACCUAAUCAUGAAGUUAGAGUGGUUGAUAAUGGGCAACAUUGGUUUGAUGACAGUGAUUUUGAAGAUUUCCUUGUUGCUGCUGAUUCAGUGGAUAAUGAGUUAUUCCCUGAACCAGAAAAUGAAAUACAAGUUGUAGUUGAUGACAGAAUUGAUGAGGGGAUGGAAUUUCCAGACAAGACCGCUUUUAAGAAACAUCUCAGAAAAUACUGUGUAUCUACUAGGACAGAAUGCAGGUUUAGUAAGAGUGAUAAUAUUAGAAUCAAGGCUGUGUGUAAAGGCUUUGGAGAGCCCAUUCUAUGUCCGUGGUAUAUAUCUUCAAGGAGGAUCCCUGGUGAGGCGACUUGGAGCAUAAGAGAUUUCCACUUGCACCACACUUGUAUUGGGGAUCCUUAUGGGAGGAAUUCAUGUGCAAAUCCAGAAUUUGUAGCUCAACAUGUGAUCAACAAGGUAAGGGAGUCACAUGGAAAGAAUGUACCUAAACCUUCUGAGAUUGCUGCCGAGUUUUGGACAAGCCACAACACCUUGAUCCCGUAUCACGUUGCAUGGAAGGCUAGAAACAAUGUGUUGGAGAGGAUAAACGGAAGCUUUGAUGAGAGUUUUAGACUCAUACCAAGUCUGUGUGAAAUGAUCAAAAGGACUAAUCCCGGAUCAAUUGCUACUUUCACUUACGGAAGAGACAAUCGCUUUGAAUCUGUGACCAUAUCUUUUGAUGCCCCAAUGAGGGGUUUUAUAAAUGGUUGUAGAAAUGUGGUUGGGCUGGAUGGUUGUCACCUGAAGGGAAAGUAUGGUGGCUGUCUACUAUCUGCCACUGCUCUUGAUGGGCAGAAUGGAUUGGUUCCUUUGGGUAUCAUGGUUUGUAUAAACGAGUGUGCGGAGAACUGGUUCUUGUUCUUGAAUAAUCUCAAGCAUAGAUUGGCUGAUCAUCCCGUUGAGCCAAUCAACUUCAUAUCUGAUAGACAGAAGGGUUUGAGAGACGCUGUCCAAAAGUUGUUCCCUACUUCAUCACAUAGGCACAUGUAUGCAAACUUCAAAAUGCACUACAAGGGAUCUAAACUACACACACUAUUCUGGAAUGCUGCUAGAGCUUAUAAGCCUAAACACUUUCAGGCACACAUGGAUAGUAUGAUGUCAGAGAAUGGAGAAACCUGUCUGCAAGCUAGUUUUGAUGUAUGGACAGCUGGUGAUGGGGCUGUUUUACAAGAGAAGAAAUGCUUGUGUUGGAUGGGAUUCUGGCGAUUUGGUUCCUACUGCCAAAAAAUUAUUGAAGAAGAUGUUUAA